AUGGGGGGUUGCACAAAUGACCACAAUUUUGUGACAAAGACUGUUGAUGUUGGACAAAAUGUGACACUUUCGUGUAUUCGCCAGUCAACACUUUUGCACCAGGAAACAUUAUUUUGGAUCAGACUAGUUUCUGGAAACCAGUUUGAAUUCUUGGGAGGAACAUUCACCUUUGAUUAUGACGACGUUAACAAUACAUCUCAUAUUACAGUAAAACAAGAACCUGGAACCUUUAUUAUGCAAAUCAGUGAAACUAAACUAAGUGAUACUGGUUUUUACUACUGCAUAAAAGUGAGACAGCUUGCUAUGACCUUUUUGGAGGGAACAUUUCUGACCAUCAAAGGUCCAGAACCUGAUGUCAUACAGAUGCGAUCCUCUGAUCGUAUUCAUUCAGGAGACCAAGAGACUCUGCAGUGUUCAGUCCUCUCUAAGUAUGAGAAGAAAACUUGUCCAGAUAAUCCCAGUGUGUACUGGUUCAGAGCUGGAUCAGACAAACCCCAUUCCAUUUAUGUUCAUGGAAACAGUGGUGAUGAAUGUGGGAGUCCUGAAGCUCCCUCACAACGUAAAUGUGUCUACAGCUUCUCAAGGAACGUCAGCUCCUCUGAUCCCGGGCCUUACUACUGUGCUGUGGCCACAUGUGGACAGAUCCUUUUUGGAAAUGAAUCAAAACUGGACAUUAAAGGAGCCCAAGAGACUCUGCAGUGUUCAGUCCUCUCUAAGUAUGAGAAGAAAAGUUGUCCAGAAAAUCCCAGUGUGUACUGGUUCAGAGCUGGAUCAGACAAACCCCAUUCCAUUUAUGUUCAUGGAAACAGUGGUGAUGAAUGUGGGAGUCCUGAAGCUCCCUCACAGCGUAAAUGUGUCUACAGCUUCUCAAGGAACGUCAGCUCCUCUGAUCCUGGGCCUUACUACUGUGCUGUGGCCACAUGUGGGCAGAUCCUUUUUGGAAAUGAAUCAAAACUGGACAUUAAAGGCAGUGAUGGUGAUCAGCAAGGUCAGCAGACAGAAGAGGACCUCAUGGUUUAUACUGUACCAACUUUCAACAGGAGGAAAAAUGGCAAAGUAGAGCGAAGGAAUGAAAACGUGACAGAGGGAGAAACAGUCUACAGUGAUGUCAGUGUUUUAGCCAUAAAUUAA